AUGGGAAUCUGCAGAUCAGUUGAAUCUCGGGAGAUUCAUGAUGCUGAGGAUUGCAAUGAAAAUGUGAUAUUCUUCCAAGGAAAUAAAGUUUCUAAUGAAGCUCUGGUCCUUUGUUCUCUUUACUCUAAGCAAGGGAGCAAAGGACUAAACCAAGAUUCUGCCAUUCUUCACCAGGGCUAUGGAGUGGAAGACGGAGCUUUAUGUGGAGUUUUUGAUGGGCAUGGGAAGAAUGGUCAUGUAGUGAGCAAGCUAGUAUGUAACCACCUGCCUUCACUCUUAUUAACCCAAAAGAGCUCUCUCUCAAAGAUUAAUGCAGCAGUAGCAGAUGAUGAUAGUUUGCAAAAUCAUAUGGAGGGAAUAGAUGAUGAAUCAAUACCAAGCAAGAGUUUCCAUAUAUGGAAAAAGGCUUGUAUUAGUGCCUUCAAGGUCAUGGACAAGGAGAUAAAGCUGCAAGAGAAUUUGGACUGCUCUUGUAGUGGAACCACUGCAGUAGUUGCUAUAAGACAGGGUGAAGAUCUUGUCAUAGCUAAUCUUGGGGAUUCAAGGGCAAUCUUAGGAAUGAUGACCGAGAAUGGAGUCACGGCCUUUCAGUUAACCACAGACUUAAAGCCAGGCAUACCUUGUGAAGCAGAAAGAAUAAAGAACUGCCAUGGCCGGGUGGCCGCACUGAAACAAGAACCACACAUCCAACGAGUGUGGCUACCCCAUGAAGACACUCCGGGCCUAGCCAUGUCACGAGCCUUUGGAGACUUCGUACUCAAAGACCAUGGCAUCAUUGUCAUCCCUAAUGUCUACUAUCACCGCCUAACUUCUAAUGACCAAUUCAUUAUCCUUGCAACUGAUGGGGUAAGGGGUUAUUUGAAUGUAGAACAACCAGUUUUUACAUGUUCAAGUGUUCAUUCUCCUUUCAGUGAACUUCUAGGAUCAAGAACCCCUAGAAUAACAUGUUUUUUUCCCUUUUAAUGUAUUGAAAAUGUUGGUCUGAGAUGUUCUCAGUAAUGACUAAGUUGCAGCCAUUGUGUGGGCUGCAGAGAGUGAAUAGGCAGCAGCAAGAGUUGUGGUGGAGGCAGCUACCACUGCAUGGA